AAUUCGUUGGCGCGUGUUGUGAUUGAGCGGAAAAGAUUUUUCACAGCGUAGAAAAAUCCAUAGAAUUUCGCAGAAAUUCUAAAACUUGGAAUAAUCAAACUUAUUAUGAAGGAUUUAAAGGAUAAACGUUCCGCAGGCGUGGCCGUGGAAAAGGAAAAGGACAAGAAUUCCGACCGCGUAGCGGCGGAAAUUUCGAGUAUGGAGUUGGAAAACGUGAGUCUGGCUGACCGUGCUGCGGCGGCCAAGGGGACGACAGGAUCGGAGCGCACCCGGGGAGUUCCGGCGGUGCAGAAGUCUAGCGAUCGCUCGGCGGUCGCGACGGCUCGGCCGAAAACGUCUAAGUCGAAGGAUGAAAUUGGAAUGGUGAACAAUCGUCUCGACAGACUCGAAGGCUUACUUUGCCAAUUUAUGGAGGCUCUUCCCAAUAAACAAGAUGAUAUGGCAGGCAUGGGACAUGCACAGCCAGAGCGACAUUUUGAUCUUGGUCGCAGUGAAACAGCCUCCACCGCAAGUCAUACAGAGGGAAUUAUGGAAGUUGAAGAUGAGAGCACAAGUGCAGAGUUGGAGUCUUGCACGGAGAUGACUGAAUCACUAAAAGUUCCAGCUUUUGCUGCUAAAUUUGCGGUAGCAUCAGACAUUGGGCAACCUCUUGAGGAAGAAUUGGCUAACUCUGUGAAUUACUUAAUGAGCCAUCACUUGGAGGAAAAAGUGCUGGAUGAGACCAGCAGCAAAUAUCCAUGCCCGUCAAACUGCAGAGUCAUUGACACUCCGAAAGUUAAUCAGACAAUUUGGGACAAUUUGUCUGCCUCUGUCCGUACCAAGGAUGUCAAACUUCAGAGGGUCCAAAAAUCUCUUACGAGGGGCAUCUCGGCUUACGUCAGUCUUCUUGAUCCAAAUAACAUGUCCUCUGAACAACAGGACGUUUUGGCAUUGUUAUGCAAUGCUAAUUUUGAGAUGAAUGCCCUCCGCAAAGAACUGAUAAAGCCAGAUCUUAACACAAAGUUUACUCAUCUUUGCAAGCCCACAAAUCCAGUAACAAAGUACCUAUUCGGAGAUGAUCUGGGCAAGCAGGUGAAAGACUUGCAAGACCAGCAUAAAGCGGCAGCUGGAGUUAUGAAAGGUGGUUAUAAAAAACCGAAACCAUCAUAUAGACCUUAUCCAAGCCAAGGGCAUGAACGUAGAUAUAAAGAAGCUGGUUGGACGUCGCGGACAUCCUACUCUGACUCACCAGGCAGUGCGUCAAGACCUUUUUUAGGCCAGCGAACCCAGUGGAGGAGAAGAGCUCCACAGGUCCCUCACACAUUCACACCGACAGCAGCUCGGGAGGGACAUCAAGCCCCACAGUUCAGAAAGUCCAGCCAAGGGCAGGGCAGAAAGUAGAGAAACUACCAGAUUUUGACAAGGCUUGGAGCGGACUCUAUGCCAAACAAGGCCUCACACAAAGGACAAUAGAUGUUAUAGCAGCUUCGUGGAAAGGAUCCACCAAGUCACAGUACCAGGUGUACAUAAGGAAAUGGAAAAAGUUUUGUGCCAAGAGACACAUUAAUUAUUUACAAGUCAAAGUUUGUGAUGUUCUUGCCUUUCUCACAUUUAUGUUGGACGAAGAGAAGGUUGGUUAUAGCAGCUUAAAUACAGCUAGAAGUGCCCUAUCCACAUUUCUUAUUGUGGAUGAUGGAUGCCAACCUCUUGGGUCGCAUCCUCUUGUUAACAGAUUUAUGAAAGGAGUUUUCCAUCUGAGUCCGCCUGCACCCCGGUACUCUUCUAUAUGGGAUGUCAAAGUGGUAAUGAACUAUCUCAGGAAGCUAUCUCCAGCUAAGGCACUUAAUCUGAAGCAACUAACGCAGAAAUUGACUAUGUUGAUAGCACUUGUUUCUGCACAAAGAGUGCAGUCUCUACAUGUCAUUCACCUGGACAGGAUGAGGUGGAAUAAAUCGUCAGUUGAGAUUGCGUUUGAAAAUACACUGAAGCAAAAUAAGCCUGGAAAUACAGGACUCAAUGUAACACUUAAAGCUUACCCUCCAGAUAGGAGAUUGUGCAUAAUGAACUAUAUGAAAGAAUAUGUGCAACGGACAAAGAAUCUGCGGGGCAUGGAGAGACACUUGUUAGUAACAUGUAAGAAGCCCCAUCAUCGUGCUACAAAGCAAACAAUAGCACGUUGGAUCAAGACUGUCAUGCAUGAGGCAGGUAUCGACACAGAGUUAUUUCAUGCUCACUCUACGAGAGCAGCUUCUACUUCGGCAGCACAACGAAGUGAGGUACCUGUAUCAGAGAUUAUGUCUAGAGCAGGUUGGGUGUCAGAGAAGACAUUCCAAACUUUUUAUUGCAAACCUUUGCAGAAUACUGGUCAAUUUUCGCAGGCAGUUUUGAAACAUUGACUUCACAAGGUGAAUUAGUCUUGAACUACAUUUGUACAGGUACAUGUAGGCCCAUACUUUUGGGGAGUUUUUCUGUUGUUGGAUGCCUUGAUAGGCUUACAGAGGUAUUACUACGUACAAGUCUACAGGGCUUUGAAAUCUCAUAUUAUUCCCGAUGAGACAUGUAGUCUCAAUCGGAGGCUUACGUAGUAAAAUAGGAAGAUUAAAUGAGAACUUACCUGUUUGAAAUUUAAUCUUUAUUUUAUAAGUAAGUCGUAGAGAAGAGACUACAUCCCUCCUCUCCCACCCUGCGACUUACAUAGUUUUAUUUAGGCAAGUUCUCAACAUCUUCAUCUUCCUAUAAUUCACCUGUAGCCUUGUACUGCUUUAAAGAUUGACACGCACGUGAUCAGCGGGAUCUCAUAUUAUUCCCGAUGAGACAUGUAGUCUCUUCUCUACGACUUACUUAUAAAAUAAAGAUUAAAUUUCAAACAGGUAAGUUCUCAUUUAAUCUUCCUAUUAU